AUGGGUCAACUUUAUGGUGCGACUCUUUUACCAUUUGGUGCUAUCUGCGUGGUUUUCCUGUGGGAAUCUGGUGCCAGCUCUAUCAGGACGACGCUCGCAGUCGACACCUCGAGAACGGACUGCCCAGAUAACAAGAUCUUGACCGUAGAGUAUCCCUGCGUCAGAGCUGAGGGGAAGAACAGCACUUGUUUCAGGAGGAAAUGCUGUGACGGAUUCAGGUUUGUGAUGGGCCAGUGCAUACCUGAAAGCGUGGAUGUGUGUGCAGCGUCGCCCUGCGAGCAGCAGUGUACUGAUAACUUUGGACGAGUCGUCUGCACAUGUUACCCCGGCUAUCGCUUCGACCGAGAGAGACACCGCAACCACAAAUCUCCUUACUGUCUGGACAUUGAUGAGUGUGCGCUCCCAGACAGCAGCAGCAUGUGUGACCAUGAGUGUGUGAACACGGUGGGCAGCUUCCUGUGUCGUUGUCACACUGGCUACAUACUCGCACCGGACCAACGCUCCUGCAUCCCUGUACACAACUUGAGUUCAUCGGGGAAGUCAGACACCCUGAUGAGUGCUGGUACCUGCUCGUUCACCUGUCAAGAUUUUAUGAACAUGAAAACCAGUCUGCUGCAGCUCAAACUAAGGCUGGGCAACACACAGUCACCCAACCAGGUACCUGGCCUCGCAAACAACAGUGAUAAGCCAUCUCUGGGGAGGACAGGAAAAAGUCCUGACAGCCCUUGUCUUCCUGGUCUACACGGCCUUCCAGGAGCUCCUGGGGUCCCAGGGCACCCAGGAGAACCGGGGAAGAGAGGGGACCCAGGGGACAGGGGUCCGCCUGGCCCUCGGGGUCCACGGGGAAACAUGGGACCCAUGGGUCCAGACUCUGACCUGAAGCAGAUGAAAAGAGGCCGCAGGGGGCCAGUGGGACCCCCUGGGGCAACAGGAAGAGAUGGACUAAAGGGUGACAGAGGAGCUCCAGGACCCAUAGGUCCACCUGGUCCGCCCGGCUCCUUCGACUUCCUUCUGCUAAUGAUGGCGGACAUCCGCAAUGACAUAAUUGAGCUGCAGGAGAAGGUGUUUGGGGAGCGGCGGGGCAUCUCCCUGGACAGUCCUCCUCAUUCCAGCGGAGAAAUGGAUUUUGUCGAGUGGGGCUCCGGACAAGGAGAUCUCCUGCUCAGCACCUGACCUUUGACAUCCCACCCGCAGUAACGGUCACUCAAACCCAGCAAAACAGACACCGAACUUGACUCUUUGUUUCUUUGUUGAUAAAGGAUGCUGGUGGUCAAAGUGCCAACAUAUAAAUAAUCCCUAACCACGCAGAUGGGACGAACUGGGCAAGUGGAGCCUUGCUUGCAUCUUUGACACUGCAACAGACAGUAAAACAGAGAGAUGGAAAGAAAAUUCAAGAAAUUGGACUCUCUUAACCACUGGAAGCACUGUCUGGCUGCUUUUCACAUGCUGUGGUGUGAGUGUGCAGGGCAUAGAUUGAGAGAGAUGCAGUGUCUGCCUUUAUGUCUGAGCCUCUGAGCUGAACCACUUCAAACGAUGAACUUUAUCGUCUACAUCUCUUCCUGUUCCCGAGUCUGCCCGUGGAAGCUCUGCUGCCACUGACAGUUUGCCUGCAGGGCGUUGGACCCGCAUACUGUAGGCCUCCCCUGUACCUGCCUGCAGUAUCCAAACCCUCAAGUCUGAGCUCUGCAGCUAUUCUCUACUCUGAGGCAUCUUCAGAAACUAAUUCAUGAGAUUCAUGAGGAUUACAAUCCCAAUCCUGUACUGUUGGACAAAAACAGUAAUGUCUGAUGUAUUUUUCUGAGAUUGUACAAUUAACUCAAGUUCAAGCAUGAUAAACCAAAAAACAUUUACCACAAAUGUUCAUCUAGAUAUAAUCAAAGAGAGAGGUUGAAUAUGUAAGACAUCCAAUCUUUCGACAGUACAUGUACAAGGUUGUAGACAGUUUUAAAUUGAAAGGAUAAAAUGGAUGUAUGCAUUGGGAAAGGUCCAGGGAGACAAAGAAUCACUUUUUAAAUUACUUUUGUAACUCAUAUUAUCAGGCAAGUUGACUGUGAACAUAUUUUUAAUCAGAUUAAUGGCCUGAAGGAAACGUUUCAAGGGAAUGAGGGUCGCACAUAUUCUCAUACUUUCACUUAGGAGUUAACCAGAAACAAGAGACAUAAAGAAGGAAGGCUGCCUGAAAGGUUUCUUUUUUACUGUGAAGCAGUUGCCAACAAGGACUCGCUGCUCAAUAAAGGUUUGUCUAAAUCUA